AUGACUUCUCUGAAGGUGAACAACUUUGUGCCAACCACAUAGCCUUUAAAGUAGCAUUCUAUGAGUGAUCCUAACUUCCACAACCCCGAGGAAAAUCAAUUCACCAAGGAGCAGUUGCAGAGCUUCCAGGACAUGCAAAAGAUCAACGAGCCUAGAGCCUUCACCUAAAUACUGAAUGCAAUUAACUCCAAAGAUUUAAGUGAAUCAGAGAAGAGCAUAAUAAGGGAGGAGCUUCAGACUCAGAACAGCAUGAUCAUGAUGAUAUUCAGAUUUUUCCUGCAGUCAAAUGAAUAUCAAUUUUUCAUCAGAAGGUUGAAGAAUGUUGCUAUGACUAAAGUCAGUCUGAAACAACUUAGAAGCAACGAAAAUAUACUUAAUCAGAGAUAAGAAGAUAGACCUUCUGGCGGAUACAUAGGCGGGGUAAAUAACAAAUAAAUUGAUGACAAUUCAACUAUAAAACCGUCAACUCUUGAUUAUUCAAGACCACCAGCAACAACAAACAAUAGUGCAGGAGUGAAACAAACUUCCAUGUUCUAGACUCCCCAAAAGAAUACCACUAAGAAGACUUAGUUCCUGUCUAAUAUGGAGAGUAGUGAAUAAGAGAGAAAGUUAACUAAUCAGAAUGGAAGAUAGCAGUCAAGUAGUGCUUACAAUGGGAGUAGCACUUAAAUUAGUAAUUUUAGUAAACUCUAAAGUUCAGUCAAAGAAAGUAAUCAGCAGAACUCUAAAUUAGGAGGCAGCUCUUCCCAGCAAAGACCCCCACUUGUUCAGAGAAAUAAUGUAUUGAAUUAGAGAGAUGACUUUUACUUUAAAAAGACAAAAUGCUAUAAAGGUCAGAAUACUAUAGUCUACAAACAUCCAAGCAACAUGGAUUUUUCAUAGGCACUCAAAGCUAUUUAGAACCUAGGAAUUGAUGUGCAGUAAAUGUAGAAUUAUCUUAAGGAGGAACAGCCAUCAGCUAGAAUAGGUCCAAAUAUUCUAUUCAAGGAAGUAAAUGAAGCCUCUGGUGGUAUAACUCCACCUAUACAAGUUUAAUCUGAUUCUGACAGUGGAACAAAUGGUAAUGAAUUGACACCUACUUACAUCAAUACUGAAUAAUCUUAUAACAGACACUAAAUUAACUCUCUCAGUCCAUAGUUGAAUCAAAGAUAAUCCUAUGAUUUGCAAACUCUGGAUCUAAGCAAUGCCAAUUUAAAAUCAAUAUUCUGCGGAGUAGACUCUGCUUAUGUGAUAAACAUCCUAAGACACUAAGCAAGUAAAAAUCAUAAUAAAAUAGAGGAAGAUGACUUAACAUUAUGCCUUCAAAUAGUAUCAAGAAAGUCUAUAACAAAUACCCAAAUUAAGAAGGAGGUCUCUGAAUUCUUUAAUGAGAUCAUUGAGUCUAAUAAACUUGAUAAGAGAACAUUCAACCAGAAAGAGAACAGAUAUGUUUUAUUUGAGGAAAUGCUUGGCCCUAUCACUCUUAAGACUUUACUUACGAGAGAAUCUUUUAAUGCAGAUGCGCAUUUAAGAAAAUGUUUUGAUUGCUUUAGAUAAUAGAAUGCCUCAAAAUUGAUUUCAAAUGAUGAGAUGCUAAGAUUUAUCAGUUCAACCGUCUAAUUCAUUGUUUAUAAAGUACCAAAGACUGUAACUUAAGACAUUAUAAAGUAAGUUUUGCAAAUUAAUAGCGAAUACCUCGUCAAUAAAACGAUUCAUUAUGAAAGUUCAAAAGUUUAGCAGGAGCUAUCUGAUUGGUUAAGCAAACACUUUGGUAAUUAAAGGAAUUUUUAAACAAUUGAUCAACCUUCCAAUCACUCUAAAACAUUCUUUGACUACUCAAGAUCACAUUCAAAUAAAGAUCCAGCAUAUUCCCAACACAACAGUCAAAUGACAACUAUUGAAAGAACGAGUAACAUCCAAAUAAACUCUUUCUAGAGAGCCCCGUAGAAUCUUCAUACUAUUUAGACAGCUAGUAGUACUAUGCUUAAGAGUUACAACAUGAUUAAUAUAUAAAAUAGUGGAAUGGUUGGCUAAAAUAAUAGACCUUAGGCUAGUAAUGCGAAUUAAGAAUCUAGAAUACCCUAAAAAGAGCUCUAAGCUAGUAACUAUGAAGUCUAUUCCUAGCAUAAUUCCUCAUAAUUCUCAACAUCCCUAACCAAUAAUAACCAAGUUGCAGUCUAGAGACCUGCUUCAUCUCAUGAAAAAACAGCUGAUUAGUUUUAAGAAUAGUAGCAGUAGAAGUUUUCAUAUUAAAAGCCAUCUUCAGCCAACAACUCAAGAUUUUUCAACAACUAUACAAAUGAUUAAUAGCAAAACAAUACUUAUGAGCCAAAUUCGAUCAGAAAAUCCUAGAAUUUAUAUCCAAAUUCACCAGGCAAGGCUAAUGCUGUUAGCAUGACUCUAUAGCAAAUUUAAAACGAGAAUAUCCUAAACGACAAAGCAAACAAGGCUCAAAAGACAUACACUCUAGGAUUCAGUGGAGGGCUGAUUGAGAAUCUGAACAUGCAAUAAAAUAUUUAUAGAGAGAUGCUUUAAAAGCAAAGAUAAAGUAAUGGAAAUGAUUAUGCUGAUGAAUUGCAGUCGCCUCCCCCUUUCAGCAGACAGUCUUAAUCAUAGUAAGUAACAAUGAUAGAAAGAGAGAAUAACAGUCUGAACAGCAGUGGAAUAAAUGAGGUGAUUAAGUUGAAACCGACUUUAAUGAGCCAUAACACUUCUCAAAGUGAUUUAAGUGAAAAAUUCUCCAAUAUGGGUGUCCAUGAAAAGCCUCAUGUAAAUGUCUUCAAUGUUAGGAGAUACUGA